AUCAACCCGCUAUAUGAGACCGAGCGCGGAUACAGAUGCCGUUUUCUUGAACAGCCGCACAAAUGGAUGGAACCGAAACGAACCGGAGAAACUGCGCGAAACCGGAGCAACAGAAGAUGUUAGACUCCGGUGGAAACCAAAGUGGAUCUAAGGAUAGAGUGACUCUUAAAAAGGAAAUUGGUCUCUUGAGCGCGUGCGCCAUAAUUAUAGGUAACAUCAUUGGCUCAGGGAUCUUCAUCUCUCCAAAGGGUGUUCUAGAUCAUGCUGGCAGUGUGGGGUUUUCACUCAUCGUGUGGGUUCUCGGAGGAGGAAUCUGUGCCCUAGGGUCUCUUUGCUAUGCCGAGCUGGGCGUCACCAUCCCCAAAUCAGGUGGAGACUACUCAUACGUGACAGAGAUCUUCGGGGGCCUGGUGGGCUUCUUGUUGCUGUGGAGCGCAGUGUUGAUCAUGUACCCAACAACUCUGGCUGUGAUUGCGCUCACCUUCUCCAACUAUGUGCUACAGCCUGCCUUCCCAAACUGCCUGCCUCCAUACAUCGCCACCCGCGUCCUCUCAACCGCCUGCGUCUUGUUCCUGACUUGGGUGAACUGCUCCAGUGUACGCUGGGGGACACGGAUCCAGGAUGUUUUCACUGUGGGGAAGCUGCUGGCCCUUGUUCUCAUCAUUGUAGUGGGAAUGGUCCAGAUUGCCAAAGGACACUAUGAAGCAUUGGAGCCUCAGGCAGCUUUUAAGUUCAUAAAGGAUCCAUCAGUGGGGCAGAUUGCUCUGGCUUUCCUGCAGGCCUCAUUUGCAUACAGUGGAUGGAACUUCCUGAACUAUGUCACUGAAGAGGUGGUUGAGCCUCGCAAGAAUCUUCCACGUGCGAUCUACAUCUCCAUCCCUCUGGUGACGCUCGUCUAUACUCUCACCAACAUUGCGUACUUCACCUCCAUGUCCCCUCAAGAGCUUCUAGAGUCGAACGCUGUUGCUGUGACAUUUGGUGAGAAGCUGCUAGGAAUGUUCUCAUGGGUGAUGCCCAUCUCUGUAGCUCUUUCCACCUUUGGGGGGAUUAACGGAUACUUGUUUACCUCUUCUAGGUUGUGUUUCUCGGGCGCCAGAGAGGGUCACCUGCCCUACCUGUUGGCUAUGAUCCACCUUAAGAGCUGCACACCAAUCCCUGCCCUGCUUGUUUGUUGUACGGCGACCAUAGUGAUCCUGUGUAUCGGGGACACUCAUAACUUGAUAAACUAUGUGUCUUUUAUAAACUACCUCUCAUAUGGAGUCACUAUAGCUGGGCUGCUGUACUACAGAUGGAAGAAACCCAAACUAUUCAGACCCAUCAAGGUAAACUUGUUUGUCCCAUGCAGCUAUCUAGUGUUCUGGGCGGUGUUGCUGGGCUUCAGUCUGUACUCGGAGCCUGUGGUGUGUGGUAUGGGGCUGGUCAUCAUGCUCACUGGAGUCCCCAUCUACUUCAUUGGAGUGCAGUGGAAGAACAAACCAUACUGGGUUUACAGUGCCAUGGAGAAAGUCACCUAUCUGGGACAGAAGUUGUGUUAUGUGGUCUUCCCCCAGGAAGAUCCUUCUGAAAUAAAGCCUCUUACAGAAAAAUCUGAGCUGUGAGAGUCAGCACAGGACUUCUUGCACUCCUGUUUGGAAUAGCAAAGACCUGUCUUCCAUCCGUUGUUGAGUGUUUUCUUUGUCUGAUGCUGUAUGUGAGGAGAUGCUCCCCAGAAGCUCCUCUGAGACUCAGCCAUCACAGCAGAAGAAACAGAAGUUUUAUGUUUUCUCGCUCAGACAUCACAUUUCUUAGUUGAAACAGUUCUCCCCUCGCAUAUU